AUGCGUGCUUUUACGACCACCACACUCCUUUCUGCGAUUGCUGCAGUCGUUCCUGUUCUUGUAGCAGGUCAACUUACUGGCUCUGUCGGUCCUGAAACCUCUAUUGCUGACAAAUCUGCCAGGAAAAUAUGUAACGUUCUUAAUUAUGGUGCUGUAGCAGAUAAAUCUACAGACGUUGGCCCUGCCAUUUAUGAUGCUCAGUUGGACUGUCGUGAUGCCGGAGGUAUCGUUUACAUUCCCGAAGGCGACUAUGCAAUGGAAACCUGGGUGACUCUUAGCGGCGGUGAAAUGGGUUGGGCCAUCCAACUUGAUGGUACAAUUCAUCGAACCGGUACCGAUGGUGGCAACAUGUUUAUGAUCAAGCGUACACGCGACUUUGAAAUGUUUUCGAGCACUGGCAAGGGUGCGAUCCAGGGCAACGGUUACGAGUUUCAUGCAGAUGACGGCAAUUUAGGAGGGCCACGCAUCCUUCGUCUUACUAUGGUUGACACAUUUUCAGUCCAUGAUAUUACCCUCGUUGACGCUCCUGCGUUCCACUUUUCAUUGGAUACAUGCACCAACGGUGAAGUUUAUAACAUGGCUAUUCGCGGUGCUGAUCACGGUGGUUUAGACGGUAUCGAUGUUUGGGGCGAGAAUAUCUGGAUCCACGACGUCAUGGUAACCAACAAGGAUGAAUGCGUCACUAUCAAGAACCCAUCGCACAAUAUGCUGGUCGAGAGUAUCUACUGUAACUGGAGUGGUGGCUCUGCAUUUGGGUCACUCGGCGGUGGCACUAACAUCUCUGACAUCACAUAUCGUAACAUCUAUAUCUAUAAAUCAAACCAAAUGAUGAUGAUCAAAUCCAACGGUGGCGACGGCACAGUUUCCAAUGUCCUGUUCGAGAACUUUAUUGGCCAUAGCAACGCGUAUUCUUUGAAUAUCGACCAGUACUGGAGCAGCAUGAGCACUGUUGAUGGCGAUGGCGUUCAGCUCAAUAACUUUACUAUUACCAACUGGAGAGGUACAUGCGAAAACGGUAAACAACGUGGGCCGAUCAAGGUGCUCUGCGCCGAUGGUGCUCCUUGUACAGAUAUCAAGAUUGACGAUUUCGCCAUGUGGACAGAGUCUGGUGAAAUCCUUGACAACAUAUGUCUAUCUGCUUAUGGUACCGGAGCCUGCUUAAAGGACAAUAUCCCUACUCCCACUGCGUAUGAAAUAAUCCAUGCUACAACGACGGUUGCCCCUUCCAAUUACGCUGCUCCGACAAUGGCUGAAGAUCUUGAAGAUAGCUUCGGAUUUACCGUCAGCAUUCCGAUUCCCACCAUUCCCGCAUCUUUCUUCCCGGAUACUCCCCCGAUCAGCCCUCUUGCUGGCAAAGAAUCGAUAAAGACGGUUGCAGCAGCUCAAUCUGUUUCAGCCGAAACUAUACCUACCACUACCACUACUACCACCGUUGAACCUACUACUAUCACCACUACUACCAAGGAAGAGAGCGCAACCGCUACUCCGACCGAGUCUAGCACCAAGCGUAAUCAUCAUCAUCAUCGCCAAAACAAGCAUGACAGAAAGAGGCAUCAUCACUGA